UGAGCUCACCUGUAGGCUGUAGGUUGGCUGCCUGCCUAUAAAUGUCAAGUGCGCGGUGUGGGCUUCUGCGGAACUCACCACCAACCAUGGCCUGGAAAAUGAAUGCCGCUUCAUUCAGCUCUCUCGCUGUCUUCUUCACCUCCAUGCUUUUUCUCCUGCUUCUGAGCUCUCGCUUGCACGUUUCAGAAGCUCAGUCCUCUGCUCAAAUCGUGAGCGGCCUUUCCUGGACCUUCUACGAGUCCAGCUGCCCUAAGCUCGAAGACAUCAUCCGGAAACGCCUCAAGAAGGUCUUCGAGGACGACAUCGGCCAAGCCGCCGGCGUCCUCCGCCUCCACUUCCAUGAUUGCUUUGUUCUGGGAUGCGAUGGUUCAGUGUUGCUUGAUGGAUCAGCCAGUGGUCCCAGCACCGAGCAGGACGCUCCUCCGAACCUGAGCCUAAGAGCAGAGGCGUUCAAGAUCAUCAACGAUCUCCGAGAGCGCGUCCACAAGAAGUGCGGCCAAGUCGUCUCCUGCGCCGACAUCACUGCCGUCGCUGCUCGCGACGCCGUUUACCUGGCCGGCGGGCCGGACUAUGAUUUGCCGCUCGGAAGAAGAGACGGGCUGUCAUUUGCAACGAGAGAAGAAACCCUGGCCAACCUCCCCUCCCCAACAUCCAACACCUCCACGCUCCUCACCGAACUCGCCCUCAAAAACUUCGACGCCACCGACGUCGUUGCCCUCUCCGGCGGCCACACCAUCGGGAUCUCCCACUGCACCUCCUUCACCGGCCGCCUCUACCCCGACCAGGACUCCUCCAUGGACAAGACCUUCGCCAAGAACCUCAAGACCACGUGCCCCACCUCCAACUCCACCAACACCACCGUUCUCGACCUCCGCAGCCCCAACAAGUUCGACAACAAGUACUACGUCAACCUCAUGAACCGCCAGGGCCUCUUUACCUCCGACCAGGACCUCUACACCGACAAGAGGACUCGUGAAAUCGUCACCAGCUUCGCCGUCAACCAGACGCUGUUCUUCGAGAAGUUCGUGUCGUCGAUGAUCAAGAUGGGACAGCUGAGCGUGCUGACGGGCACGCAGGGGGAGAUUCGGGCGAAUUGCUCUGCCAAGAAUUCCGACAGUCUAUUCCUCCGGGAAGCCGUGCCGGAGAGCGGAGAGACGAGUACUGUUUCGGCUUUCUAAUUAAGCUGAGUGGUGCUGUACUUAAGAAUUGCGUGGGGGGUGGUGGGGGCGCAAUAAGGUUUAAUUAACUCCAUGGAUCGCUUUCUUUGGAUGCGGGAGCUAAUUUCUAAUUAGAGAGUGAGUUUGUGUUGCAGUAACGGAUAGUUGACGGGCGUGAGUGUUUUGAGUGAUCUAAGUUACACGUCGUUUGUAGAGAGACUUGCACCAUACCAUAGCUGGUUGAAGUGCUGCUGCUGCUGCUGGGACAGUAUGUGGGUUUGUUGUGGAUGGAAUGGAAAACCCCCACAAUAUAAAUAAAUUAUAAAGGACCAUCGUCGUUUUCGUUCU